GCAGAAGCCAUUAGAAACUCACUCACCUUCGCGGGCUCUUUCUUUCACUGUCUCAGUUGCUGCUUAGGGUUUCGUAGGUGAACCCUUCGCCGUUCACACUCUCCAAUUCCAAUCUCCAACCUCGUUCUCUCACAAUCAUCUUUCAAUUCCUCUCAAUUUUUCGUUACUGUUAGUGAAAUUUUUGCUCCUUCUUCUUCAUUCAGACUGCAGCAAAACCCUAGGGUUUAAGCUUCCCCCUUUUUCUUCCACUCAGCACAUUUUCCUUGAGCUGGGUAGUGAAUUUGGUUACAGCCAUGUAUGGUGGUGAUGAAGUCUCAGCUAUUGUAAUUGACUUGGGUUCUCACACCUGUAAAGCUGGUUAUGCUGGUGAAGAUGCCCCUAAGGCUGUGUUUCCUUCUGUUGUUGGAGCAAUUGAUCAAAUGGAUAUAGAUGAAGCAGAUAAUGCUGAAAAGAACUCUGCCUCUGGUACAGAAUUGAAGAAUUCUGAUAAAGCCAAGGGAAAGAGGAAAUUGUACGUAGGAUCUCAGUCCUUGGGAUACCGUAGAGACCAUAUGGAGGUGCUAUCUCCAUUAAAGGACGGAAUUGUCGCUGACUGGGAUAUUGUUGACAGUAUAUGGGAUCAUGCCUUUAGGGAAUGCCUAUUGAUUGACCCGAAAGAGCAUCCAAUGCUCCUUGCAGAGCCUUCUUCCACCUCUCAACAACAGAGAGAAAGGACAGCAGAGCUUAUGUUUGAGAAGUACAAAGCGCCCGCAUUAUUUUUGGCGAAGAAUGCUGUUCUGACUUCUUUUGCAUCAGGGCGUGCUACAUCAUUAGUUGUUGAUGGUGGUGGAGGAUCAACUACAGUUGCAGCAGUACAUGAUGGUUAUGUUCUUCAAAAGGCUGUGGCUACCUCUCCAAUUGGAGGGGAAUUUCUUACAGACUGCUUGAUGAAAAGCUUGGAAAGCAAGGGUAUUGUGAUGAAACCACGGUAUUCCUUUAGGCGAAAGGAAAUACGCCCUGGAGAGUUUCAGACCGUAGAUCUUGAUUUUCCAAAUACAACUGAAAGCUACAAACUCUACUCCCAGAGGGUGAUUGCUAGUGACAUCAAGGAAUGUGUGUGCCGUGCUCCAGAUACUCCAUAUGAUGAGAAAGCGUAUUCAAACAUUCCAAUGACCCCAUACGAGCUUCCUGAUGGCCAGACAAUUGAGAUUGGGGCUGACAGAUUUAAGAUUCCAGAUAUUCUUUUCAAUCCAUCCUUGGUUCAGUCAAUUCCUGGCAUGGAGAGCUUUGCAGAAAUUGCUCCUUCAGUUCGUGGUCUUCCUCAAAUGGUUAUAGAAAGCAUUAACAAGUGUGAUGUAGACAUUCGAAGAGAGCUAUUUAGUAGCAUACUGCUUGCUGGUGGCACAGCUUCAAUGCAACAACUGAAGGAACGCCUUGAGAAGGACUUGCUAGAGGAAUCCCCUCAAGCUGCUAGGGUAAAAGUAUUGGCCAGUGGAAAUGCUACUGAAAGAAGGUUUAGUGUUUGGAUAGGGGGUAGUAUAUUGGCUUCUCUUGGCUCCUUUCAACAAAUGUGGUUCUCCAGAUCCGAGUAUGAAGAGCAUGGAGCUUCAUAUAUCCAAAGGAAGUGUCCUUGAGUUGCUAUUGGUAUAUGGUUCUUAUCUAUCUUGAUGUUUAGGAAGUUCUCCCAUGAACGCUGAAGUAGUGCUUGUAUACUAAUGAACCUUUCUUUGCUAAUUAGUGACCAUUCAUUCCCAUUGAUGUAAAGCGUGCUUAGAGUCUAACAAUGCCUUAUGCAUCAAAUUGGAUUCCCCUUUGUGUAAUUGAACUCAACAUGAGAAUCUUGAUUUUGAUGUUAGUUUAAUUUCGUAACUAGUUUUGAUUGUUGCGCA